CUUAUCUAACUGACAAUUCUUCAUCACUCAGACAACACUCCAUAUUUUGGGAGGGAAAGAACUACCAAAACCCCCUCCAUUUCUUCAAGCUUCCAUAACAAUGGCGGCAACCAGAGCUUUCAUUAUCUCUUCUAAUUCCGCUCCUUAUCCCAUAGUUCCACAUACAACUUCAUCACCGUCAUCGUCUUCAACUCUCUCACUCCCUUCAAAACCCUCUUUUUUUCCAAUGCGGGUUUUCCCCGGAGCGCCUCUGCGUCACUCUUUUUCCAGGAUUUAUUCGUUGUCUAGUAAUGAUAUCAAAGUGGGUACUAACAUUGAAGUCGAUGGUGCUCCGUGGCGUGUUUUAGAGUUCCUUCAUGUGAAACCUGGAAAGGGGGCAGCAUUUGUCAGGACCAAAAUCCGAAAUUAUGUAACAGGAAAUACUGUCGAUAAAACUUUUCGAGCUGGAAGUCCGCUUGAUGCGGCGGAUAUAUUUAAGGAGACGAAGCAAUUCACUUACAAAGAUGGUGCUCAAUUUGUCUUCAUGGACCUGACUACUUUUGAAGAAUUUCGGCUCAAUGCGAAAGAUGUUGGUGAUAAGACAAAGUUUCUGAAAGAGGGAAUGGACUGCACUUUGCUAUUUUGGAAUGGAAAGGUUAUUGAUUUUGAUCUUCCAAUCACUGUACAACUGACUGUAGUUGAUGCUGAUCCCGGUCUCAAAGGCGAUACUGCUCAAGGUGGAUCAAAAACAGUUACUCUGGAAACAGGGGCUGCAGUCAAUGUUCCCCUGUUCGUGAAUGUCGGUGAUCAAAUCUUGGUAGACACGAGAACUGGUCAAUAUAUGAGCAGAGCAUAAGUUUUAGUUCAGAGUUUUUUUUUCAUUGUUUAUUUUUUGCCGGUUUAGCAGUUGAAUAGAAGCUUUUCCAACCAAAAUCGCCUUAUUUUUGUCAAUGAAGCAUGCAUCUGUUGGAAAAUUUCCGUAGGCUACGGUUUUGAGUGGUGGAAAUCGAUAAUAUUUUGUCUUCCUCUGACAAACUCGGACAUGGAAAUAUUAAGUUAACAUUAUGCUCAUACAGCAAGUAAUGCCAUCAGUCAUUUCUAGA